ACCAUGUCCGGCCGCGGCAAGGGCGGGAAGGGGCUGGGCAAGGGCGGCGCCAAGCGCCACCGGAAGGUGCUGCGGGACAACAUCCAGGGCAUCACCAAGCCGGCGAUCCGGCGACUGGCGCGGCGGGGCGGCGUGAAGCGCAUCUCGGGGCUCAUCUACGAGGAGACACGCGGCGUGCUGAAGAUCUUCCUCGAGAACGUCAUCCGCGACGCCGUCACCUACACCGAGCACGCCCGCCGCAAGACCGUCACCGCCAUGGACGUCGUCUACGCGCUCAAGCGUCAGGGCCGCACCCUCUACGGCUUCGGCGGCUGACCUGCUCCUCCUGCUGAUGCUAUAGCCAGUCGACUCUGCUACCUGCUGCUGUGCCGGUGCUAUGGUUUCGUUUCUGUAUGUGUGUGUUGCUGCUCCAUCGGUCUAUGUAGUUAGUGGAAGGUGAUGGAUCUGAAUGCAAUCGAAAUUGUUGGUUCUUGCAAGAAAUGAAUCUGAAUGCAAUGGAAAUAUAUUGUACCGCAUCUCGCUAUGAUUGUA